AGCACUACAAAGAUCAUCAAUCUUCUUCUUCCCCAAGAUCCCGACCCGACCCGUUUUCAGAUUAUUAUCACCCGCAAUCGUCGCCAUGAGCUCCACCAGCAAAAGCCAAGAGGAACUCGAUUCCAUUUUCAAGCAGAAACGGGUCGUGCGUUCCACUGUCCGCAAAUCCCUAAAAGCCAUGGACCCUUCUCUCCGAACCCAACAAGAUGAGUCCAUUCAAAACACUGUUCUUGAAGCUCCCUGGUUCAAAUCAUGUAAGAGAUUGUGUGCUUACAUUAGCUGCAAGUCUCUCAAUGAAGUCGACACUUCUCAAAUCCUCUCUGAGAUUCUGCAAAAUCCUGAUUCAAAUACUCAGAAAAAGCUAUAUGUCCCUUGGGUGGAGGAUAAGAACAGCAACAUGCGUAUGCUGCACAUAUCUCAUAUGGAAGAUCUCAUUGCAAACUCGAUGAACAUUUUGGAACCAGCUCCUGUUGAUGCCCAAGGGAAUGAGCGUGAAGAUGUGUUGCAAGCAGAUGAACCGAUCGAUUUAUUCAUCUUGCCAGGUCUUGCGUUUGACAGAUGUGGGCGACGUUUAGGUCGUGGAGGUGGCUACUACGACACUUUCUUGAAGAGAUACCAGGAUCGUGCAAAGGAGAAGGAUUGGAGAUAUCCACUUAUGGUUGCAUUGUCAUACUCGCCUCAAAUUCUUGAGGAUGCAAGUAUUCCUGUAACACCGAAUGAUGUUCUGAUCGAUGCCCUUGUGACACCUUCUGGUGUGGUUCCCAUUACCCCUCGUGCUAUCGAGAGAAUGUGAGCUCAAGAGCUUGUGUUUGGAGCUGACACUCAGAUGAUUCGUUGGUCGACGCUUGAAGGCUACAUUCUGGAAUUUGCUAAUUCAGUAUCAGCUUCUGUAGUUGCCACUAAGUUUUUUUCCUAAACUCAAUUUGAGUCUUGUUCUUGUAUGAUGAGAUAUGAAAGAAGAUUAAUCCAAUGGCCUCUCACCUGUUUAUUCCAUAUCAAGUUUUCCUGUAAUAACAAGUUUUUUUUUAU